UUGUCAAAUGUCAAUGUCCAUUGUCCAUCAUUUGAGUUUUGACCAUUAGUUAUUGUUGACUAUUGUGAAUCAUAUUUUUUCUUCAAUUUUUUAUUCCUUAUUUUAUUUACUUAUUUAUUAUCUCAAAAUGAGUGUUUCAAUACAAAGUCCAUCUAUGAAUUCAUCAGUGACUUCGUCACAGCUGGAUAGUUUUGAAGACAUGGCUGUUUCGAAUGUGAAAAAAUAUGUUAAAGAUGUACUAAGAUCGCGAAUUUUCUUAGGUCGCUAUUUGGAAAGAAGGCUUGUCGAUCAGCAAAUUGGAUACCGUGAUAUUGUUUUAAUAAGUGCUGCCGAGAAAGAGUUUUUAAGAGAUUUGUUUGAAACAGUCCAGAAACUGCGCUCAGUGCAUCCGAAUUUACAUUGGAUUGGCAUUACGAACUCCGGUAUCUUAAAAUUGAACGUAUCAACGAGUUUGUGUUUAUGGACAGAAAUUGAUAAUGAACCGUUUGGCGCAUUCUGGUUUCAAGUUAAAGGUAUAAAAUUUAGAGAUAAUGAAGUACUAAUAGCAUUAAAAUGCAUAAGGCAUAUAACAGAAGCAUAUUUAGAGCUAGAACCAAUAUUAACAGGUGCAACAAAGAAGGAUAUAAUAAUUAAAGCAAAAGAAAUAAAACCUGAAGAUAAAACUCAAAUAGCUGAAAGUAUUAAUGAUAUUAAAGAAACAUUGAAGAGUGCUUUGUCAAUAAGAAAUGUUAAAGAAUUUUUUACUUUUGUAUUUGCAUUUAUCAUUGCAUUAUUCACUGGAAGCACUGCAUUUGUAAAUUUCCUUGGAAACUUUAUAUUAGCAUUGCUAAGAGAAAUUUCUAUAUUGAUAAAAAAUUCUACACCAGUGUUUUUGGGUACUCUUGAUUUUUUCAGUAAGAUAAUUGGUGGAUUUUACAUUUUAGUUGCAAUGAUUUUUAGACCAAGCAGUCCUGGUCCUCAGAAUAAAAGAAGUCUCACAUUUGAAAGAUCAAAUCAUUAUGAUCAUAGAAAUUUUGACUGAAAAUAUAUUAUAAUCAUCAUCCAUCAUCAGACAAACUUUUGUCAUGGUCCUAAUUCUAGAUCUCACUAAGCAUUAUAUUGUUAUAACACUAGUAAAUAUGCUUAUUCCAUUGUGCAUUUAAUUUUUUUUCAAGGUGUUUGAUAAGGAAAAUAGUUGUUAAUAUAAUUUAAUAAAACAGGAUGUCUGCUGUCAUUUUAUAUUUUAAAUGUAAUAAUAUUCCAAAUGCUCUUUUCAUUGCUCACAUGGAUGUUGAAAAAAUAAUAUGGAGAUUUGUAAAAAGUAGUAAGACGGCAAUCUUUAUUUAAAAUUUAUUUAUUACAAAAUAUAUACCAUAUUUAAAAACUGU